AGGAAAGUCAGCACAAAAAAAAACUCAAUGGAUAUUUUGGGAAUUUGUAGGCCUACUUUUUUUUUAGAUUAGUUGUUUUCAAUUUGGAUUGAUAUUGAUAGUAAAUACUGUUUCCAAAUAAUUGACAUUUGAAGUGAGGUAGAAUAAAAGAAAUAGACGAUAGGGUAAGGUACCGUGUUAAAUAUUAUAAAGCUGUCCUAUGGAAGAAGCUAUGAUCGCUCUCAUUUUUCACUCCAUACCAAAGCUACAGGGAAGUUUAGAGAGGACCCCUGGCCUGAUCCGGGCUAUUGUUAUUUUCACGCAGGCCACGUAGCUACGUGGUUCGAAGGGUUGAGUCCGGAGUCCCAACAAUUAGGGAGGAAGUACCCUACCCCUCAUCCCGACGGCAUGGGAACGAGACGCUAAGAGGAUACGUGUGUGUUCAAGCUUCGUGGGAAUUUUCGGCAAAGGGACUGUCCAUUUUUACCCCCUCCUUAUCCUCCAGGUCAUCCUAUUCUGUCUCCACCUCCCCUCCCCCUUUCUUGUCUUCCUUCUUUACUUCCUCCCCUUCUUCUCCGGUCCUGGUCCACCAGACCCUGAUUCCCUCUGGUGGGCUCUUCUCCCUCUCCCUGUCCGCCGGCCUCCAAGAUAGAUUCCCUCAGGAGUAAGGUUGACCUGCUGAAGUUGCCCCUGGCCUUGUCCAACAAGUCCAUCUCAGAGCGCAAGAGCCAGCUGGGCGGAGCCAGGGAACGAGGCACGGGGGGAGGAGGGGCCCGUCAAACCCACCCGCCAACUCGAGACAUGGACAACGAGUCGCAGUACUCGGGCUACUCCUACAAGUCAUCUCAUUCCCGAAGCUCCCGCAAGCACAGGGAUCGGAGGGACCGGCAUCGCUCCAAGAGCAGAGAUGGCAGCAGCCGCGGGGACAAGUCCGUGACCAUCCAGGCCCCCGGGGAGCCGCUACUCGACGCCGAGUCCACCCGUGGUGACGACAGGGAUGAUAACUGGGGAGAGACCACCACCGUGGUCACCGGAACAUCAGAACACAGCGUGUCCAACGAAGACCUGACCAGGGUCUCCAAGGAGCUGGACGAAUCCUCUCCCCUGGAAUGCAAACGCUUCCUGGGUCCUGUGCUGGGUGGCUGCCUGGGCCUCUUCGCCCUGGUCACUCCGCUGGCCUUCCUGGUUCUCCCCCAGCUGCUGUGGCGCGAGGCCCUGGACCCGUGCGGCACCCCCUGCGAGGGCCUCUACGUCUCCCUGGCCUUCAAGCUCCUGGUGCUCCUCAUCUCCUCCUGGGCGCUGUUCCUGCGCCCGCCGCGCGCCACCCUGCCCCGCUUCUUUGUCUUCCGCUGCCUGCUGAUGGUGCUGGUGUUCCUGUUCGUGGCGUCCUACUGGCUGUUCUACGGCGUGCGCGUGCUGGAGCCCCGGGAGAGGGACUACCGGGGCAUCGUAGAGUACGCCGCGUCGCUGGUGGACGCCCUGCUCUUCAUCCAGUAUCUGGCCCUGGUGCUGCUGGAGGUCAGACACCUUCAGCCCGCCUUCUGCCUGAAGGUGGUUCGCACCACGGACGGGGCCAGUCGCUUCUACAAUGUGGGACACCUCAGUGUUCAGAGGGCAGCAGUGUGGGUGUUGGACCGGUACUACAGUGAUUUCCCAGUCUACAACCCUGCCAUGCUCAACCUGCCCAAGUCUAUCCUCUCCAAGAAGAUGUCUGGAUUCAAAGUCUACUCUCUGGACGAGAGCAGCACCAACAACUCCACCAGCCAAUCCCGGGCCAUGAUUGCUGCGGCGGCCCGCAGAAGAGACAACUCGCACAACGAGUACUACUAUGAGGAGGCGGAGAUGGAGCGCAGGGUCCGCAAGCGCAAGGCCAGGUUGGUUGUGGCGGUGGAAGAAGCCUUCACCCACAUCAAGCGUCUCCAGGAUGAUGACCCUGCUGCCUCGUCCCCCAAACACCCCCGUGAGGUGAUGGACCCCCGGGAGGCGGCUCAGGCCAUCUUCGCCCCCAUGGCCCGGGCCAUGCAGAAGUACCUGAGGACCACGCGCCAGCAGCCUUACCACAGCAUGGAGAGCAUCCUCACACACCUGCAGUUCUGCAUCACCCACAACAUGACUCCCAAGGCUUUUCUGGAGCGUUACCUCAGCCCAGGGCCUACCGUGCAGUACCAGCGUGAGAAUGGCAGAGGGCGUCAGUGGACUCUAGUGAGUGAGGAACCAGUGACCUCUGCUCUGCGUCAGGAUCUGGUCUUCUCCUUGCGGCGCCUCGACUUCUCCCUGGUUGUCACGGUGCAGCCCCUCCCAUUCUUGCGUCUCGGGGAGGAGUUUAUUGACCCUAAGAGCCACAAGUUUGUAAUGAGGCUGCAGUCAGAGACGUCUGUUUAGAGCUAAUGGAGGCCUCUGAUCCUUCGGGGAUUUGCAAGCAUGUACUAGGUCAUUAUAAAUCCUCCUGUUGAACCAAUGUCAUGGAUGUUACCAGAAUGGGAUGAAACUAAGAUCUUCCAAAGACCGAAGAGGGAUGCCAUGACGAUGUCUUCAUGACACUGUAGAAUUCCCUUGUAUUCCAAAGGGAGCAAAGCCUAAAUUUAUUCUGAUGAAUAACAUUUUUCACGUAAAGAUCACUAUCUGACCACUAGAGGAGCUGUGUCAUUGCCCUCUGUUCUACUUCCUGAUGUCUUACGAACGGACCAAUCAGAGUACAACUCUCAGGCCCGGCAGCUGCACCUAUUCGUUGCCAGUGUGAUGUUGACGUGAUUAGGAAAGAAGAGGUCGGUUUUCUAUAGGGGUGUGACUUUUUUUACUACAGAAUGUAUGUUUAUUGAAUUAAUAAGGCAUUUCUUGUUGCGCUGUAGGUCUUCAUAUGUUUGUGAAGGAAAUACAUUCCUGAACUUCUUUAAACUGAGAGUCUAUGUUGUAACAAUUCAUAUUGUAUGUGUGGCUCUCAUUUCAUUUUACACUGGUCUUUUUAAACAAAUGUAAUAGUUUGGUAAAGUCUGAGAAUACAUUCCUGGUUUGGACCCUCUCUCACGAUGUUUCUUAGACAGAAUGUUCUGAACCUGUUGAUCCACAAAGCUGUUUGGAAUGGACUUGUCUUGAGGCCGUGUCCACUGUCCUCCAUUCAUUUUCUUUCUGACCUUCCUGACCAGAGACGUGUGAUUUUAUCCUUACUGCAGUUGUAGCAAAUCACCACAUUGUGCCACAUUGUAAACAUGACAAAAGUCUGCUGCAUUGAAUAGCCUUACCCAUGUAUGAAUGACAAAACCCUGGCCAGUCAUCUCUGACCAAGAACCACUUCUCUGACCACUAAACCUCUAGGUUCUUCCAAGAUGUACUGUAACUGGCAGCUUGAUGUUGACGCUUGAACUGCUCCAAACAGUCGUCCCCCUACUUUUGGAGAAUUGAGCCCCAAUAUGACUAAUGUGUCAUUUGUAUUCAAGCCAUUAGAACUGAUACCAUUCAUUGAUAAGAGAACAACCAAUGAAAUGAAGUUCAAACCAGGUUUACAUAACUGAUGACAACAUCUAAUGGCAAAAUGCAAAUUAUUGUCAUACCAGUUUUUAUGCAUGCUAGAAAUUCGGGUUUAAGUACAUUUUCUAUGUUUUUAUAUCAUUUCUAUGAAGCCUAAGUUAUGAUAAUGCAAUAAUGUAUUUUUUUUUUUUACUUUUGGAAAAGAGUUCGCUUGUACAAAGAUGGGUAGAUUUGACUUUCUUUUAUUAAUAUUAGCUGCUUCUAGCUUGUAGUGUGCUAGAUGUUUUUUCAUUAAAUAAUUUUCCUGUGCACCUGCUCUCACU